CAUCAGCUCAGUUGCAGUUUGAAGUUGAAAUUCGAAAGAUCGACGGCAGGCCUUAACGUCGUUCGUGGCGAGAGAGGAAAAAAAGUUAAACACUGGUGGCUCGUGUGUUACUAUUACUAUUACUUUUGGACGUUUGAAGCAGCUUAAUUCGUUGAGGCAAAACUCCACCAUUUCGAGUGAACGUUAAGAAAAACGGCAGCAUCAAACACAGCUCUCGAAGUGGCGACCCACGCACAUACACACACACGCAGAGCAUAAGGCUCGUGUGAGUUUUCGGUGCUACAUGCUGGUUACCGAGGCACCUCUUACCUGGCUGGGUGCAGCGCAUACGGUGGGUGAAAGAUGCCUCUACACCGUACGGUGGUGUUCUUGGGCCGCAACGAACCUUCCGGUCCGGAGCAGUGCAGCACCUUCAUUCCGAUGAUCGUGUUUUGACGCGGGUUUUCACGGCUGGCUGAAUUCUCCGGGCGAUCAAAGAAGGGAAAAGUGUACCCCGUGGUGAAGUGAGUGAUCAUUUGAAUCAUUUGAAUUGUUUGAAUAAGGCUCACCCCGUUUCCUAGGGUGGUUUAGUUCGGUGUGUUGUUACUUUAAAACGGUGCAUCAUCAGUGCGACCCGAUAUCUGAAGUGCGGCGCGCAAUCUCGUUCGAAAGUGAGUGAUUACGGCCGGGGAUUCGUUUUCAGCUGGCUUUGUAUCGGGUGAGAAAGUGGUGAGCAGUGGGCAGAUUGCGUACUAUUGUGUGAACAAGUGUUUCUCAGUGUAGUGAGGAAGGUUGCGUUUUACGUGCGUUCGAGUGCGCGAUUCCCCAAGGUCAGAAUCAUCCUUCGAGCGAAUGCGAAAACUUUCCUUUCUUUGCGAAUGGUUCGUUACUCAAUGGUGGAAAGCAACGGUUUCCAGUUGGUGGUAAAGCUGUAUUGGCUAGAAUAAGUGAAGGAUUGGAAAAUAUUUGUGAGAAAACCCAAAACCCCGCUUUAGGUUGGCCACUCUUGAAGUGUUUCUAAAUAAAAGGAAAAACAAUCCAAUCCCAUCCAACAAAACAACGAUUGAAGUCAAAACUGCAUCAUCAAAAAGUCGAACGACAGUUUCAAACGCCAACGGACGGUGCCGUGCGUGCUAUGGAGCAGCAAAGCCUACGGAACGUGGCAGCCCACAACUACCUUACCGAGCCGUAGAUGCCAGCGUCGAGUAGCAAGUGGUUUCCCUGAGAAAACCGAGAUUGAGACUGUGCGCGAGUAGAACGCAGCUUGCGGUGCGCGAGUGUGGGAGCAAGGAAAACAAAAAAACAACAACAACCUGUUGCAGUGUGUGCCAGUGGAAAACCGCCCGGUGCUAGAGGGUUGAGUUGCAGUGAUAAAUGCAGAGAAGGAUGGGCGCGUACGGUGUACGGGUGGCGACGGCGGCCCUAUUGCUGAGCCUGCUGUUUUCAUCUGGCAGCUGCUACAUGAGGGACUUUACGCACAAAAACGAGAUCAACGAAAUGAGAGUAUGCAUCGGUACGAAUGGACGCAUGUCGGUGCCGGCGAAUCGCGAGUAUCACUACAAAAAUUUGCGCGACCGCUACACCAACUGUACGUACGUGGAUGGCAAUCUGGAGAUCACCUGGAUAUCGAACAUCACCGACCUCAACUUUCUCCAGCACAUCCGCGAGGUGACCGGGUACGUGCUGAUCAGUCAUAUCGAUCUGCCCCACGUCAUACUGCCGGGGCUCCAGAUCAUCCGCGGCCGUACCACGUUCAAGCUGAACAAAUGGGAGGAAGCGUACGGACUGUUUGUAUCGUUUUCGCACAUGAACACACUGGAGCUGCCGGCCCUGCGCGAUAUUCUUUCCGGCUCGGUUGGGUUCUUUAACAACUACAAUCUGUGCCACAUGAAAACGAUCAGCUGGGACGAGAUUGUGUCCGACCCGCAGGUCAAAAUGCAGUACACGUUCAAUUUCUCCUCCCCCGAGCGCGAAUGUCCACCCUGCCAUCCGUCGUGUGAGUCGGGAUGCUGGGGCGAGGGCGCCCACAACUGUCAACGGUUUAGCAAGCUGAACUGCUCGCCCCAGUGCUCGCAGGGCAGAUGCUUCGGACCGAAACCCCGCGAUUGUUGCCAUCUGUUCUGUGCCGGCGGAUGUUCCGGUCCGACCCAGCAAGACUGUCUAGCGUGUAAGAACUUCUACGAUGACGGUGUCUGCAAGCAGGAGUGUCCACCGAUGCAGAUCUACAAUCCAACAAACUACUUGUGGGAACCGAAUCCCGAUGGUAAAUACGCUUACGGUGCGACCUGUGUGCGCAAGUGUCCCGAGCAUCUGUUGAAAGACAACGGUGCUUGCGUGCGAAAGUGUCCGAAGGGAAAGAUGCCACAGAACAGUGAGUGUGUGCCGUGUAAAGGCGUUUGUCCAAAGACCUGUCCGGGCGAGGGUAUAGUGCAUUCGGACAACAUCGGAAACUAUAAAGACUGUACCAUCAUCGAAGGAUCGCUGGAGAUUCUCGAUCAAUCGUUCGAUGGGUUCCAGCAGGUGUACACGAACUUUUCGUUCGGUCCCCGCUACAUCAAGAUCGAUCCCGAUCGGUUGGAGGUGUUUUCAACUGUGAAGGAGAUUACGGGUUUCAUCAACAUACAGGCUCAUCACGAGAACUUUACCACGCUGAACUACUUCCGCAAUCUGGAAGUUGUCGGUGGACGUCAGCUGAAGGAGAAUCUGUUUGCCUCGGUGUACAUUGUGAAGACAUCACUGAAAUCGCUGGAACUGAAGUCACUCAAGCGCGUCAAUUCGGGCUCGAUUGUGAUACUGGAAAAUAGCGACCUUUGCUUCGUGGAGGACAUUAAUUGGAGUGAAAUCAAGAAGAGUACUGAUCAUGAGGUGAUGGUGCAAAAGAACCGCAAUGCUACCGCGUGUCAUGCCGAGGGCAUGCAGUGUUCGGAGCAGUGUUCCAAAGCGGGAUGUUGGGGCAAAGGACCGGAACAGUGCUUGGAGUGCAAGAACGUCAAGUACAAGGGCAAAUGUUUGGACAGUUGCAAGAGCUUGCCAAGAUUGUACCAGGUGGACUCAAAGACCUGUGGUAACUGUCACGCCGAAUGUGAAGACUUCUGCAACGGACCGAAUGCGGACAACUGUGGGUCCUGCGUGAACGUGAAGGAUGGUCGUUUCUGUGUUGCGGAAUGUCCAAUCAUGAAGCACGCCAUGAACGGAACGUGUAUCAACUGUCACAAAACGUGCGUUGGAUGUCGAGGACCUCGGGACACGAUCGCUAAGGAUGGUUGUAUUUCGUGUGAGAAGGCAAUUAUAGGUAGCGAUGCCACGAUUGAGCGAUGCUUGAUGAAGGAUGAGCCAUGUCCAGAUGGAUACUAUAGCGAUUACGUGCUGCAGGAGGAAGGACCUCUGAAGCAACUGUCCGGGAAAGCGGUUUGUCGCAAGUGUCAUCCUCGCUGCAAGAAGUGUACCGGUUACGGGUUCCACGAACAGUUCUGCCAGGAGUGUACCGGCUACAAGAAGGGUGAACAGUGUGAAGACGAAUGCCCACAGGACUUCUACGCAAACGAGGACACUCGCAUCUGCGUACCUUGCCACCAGGAAUGUCGCGGUUGUCACGGUCUCGGUGCCGAUAACUGUGACGAGUGUCGCAAUCUGAAACUGUUCGACGGUGACCCAUACGACAACUCGACCGCCUUCACUUGUGUCAACAACUGUCCCGCAUCUCAUCCUUACAAACGGUUCCCGCAGGAAGCGGGCAAACUUGGACCCUACUGCUCAGCCGAUCCGCUUCAGAGUGGACUACGAAUUGAGCCUCAAACACAGGUGAAGAUCGUGAUGGGCAGUGUGGUUGUGCUGGUGCUCGUGUGCAUCGUAUUUGGUGUGGUGUUUGUGCUCUUCAGCCGACACAAGAACAAGAAGGAUGCGGUUAAGAUGACGAUGGCGUUGGCCGGCUGUGAAGAUUCGGAACCGCUGCGUCCGUCGAACGUUGGACCGAACCUGACGAAGUUGCGCAUCAUUAAAGAGGCUGAGAUUCGGCGUGGUGGUGUCCUCGGUAUGGGAGCAUUCGGCCGUGUGUUCAAAGGUGUCUGGAUGCCGGAGGGCGAGAGCGUGAAGAUCCCGGUCGCGAUCAAGGUGCUGAUGGAGAUGUCCGGCUCGGAGUCGAGCAAAGAGUUCCUAGAGGAAGCAUACAUCAUGGCAUCAGUAGAGCACCCGAACCUGCUGAAGCUGCUGGCCGUUUGUAUGACCUCACAAAUGAUGCUGAUCACGCAGCUAAUGCCACUUGGCUGCUUGCUGGACUACGUGCGUAACAACAAGGACAAGAUUGGCUCGAAGGCGCUGCUCAACUGGUCCACCCAGAUUGCUCGCGGUAUGGCGUAUCUGGAAGAGCGUCGCCUUGUGCAUCGUGACCUGGCCGCCCGUAACGUGCUGGUCCAGACUCCUUCGUGUGUUAAAAUUACCGAUUUCGGAUUGGCUAAACUGUUGGACUAUGAUUCCGACGAGUACCGAGCGGCGGGCGGCAAGAUGCCAAUCAAAUGGCUUGCCCUGGAAUGCAUUCGACACCGUGUGUUUACGAGCAAAAGUGACGUAUGGGCGUUCGGGAUAACUAUUUGGGAGCUGCUAACGUACGGCGCUCGUCCGUACGAAAAUGUGCCGGCCAAAGAUGUUCCGGAACUGAUCGAAAUCGGUCACAAACUGCCACAGCCGGAUAUUUGCUCGCUGGACGUGUACUGCAUCCUGUUGUCCUGCUGGGUGCUGGAUGCCGAUGCGAGACCAACGUUCAAACAGCUGGCCGAAACGUUCGCCGAAAAGGCUCGCGAUCCGGGCCGGUAUCUGAUGAUCCCGGGCGAUAAGUUUAUGCGAUUGCCUUCCUACACGAACCAGGACGAGAAGGACCUUAUUCGCACGCUGGCGCCGGUGGCGAUGGCAGCAGCAGCGGCCGCCGCUUCAACCGUCGAUGUGCCGAGCACGAUCGCCGAAACGGACGAGUACUUACAGCCAAAAACGAGACCCUCUAUCAUGUUGCCGGGACCGUCGGCGGUGGACCCGUCCGACGAGGUGCCAAAGUCACUGCGUUACUGCAAGGAUCCGCUCAAGCCGGACGACGAAACGGACGGCAACGGCAAGGAGGUCGGUGUCGGUGGCAUCCGGCUGAAUCUGCCGCUGGACGAAGACGACUACCUGAUGCCUACUUGCCAAAGCCAAAACCAGUCCACGCCGGGCUACAUGGAUCUGAUCGGUGUGCCGGCGAGCGUUGACAAUCCCGAGUAUUUGAUGGGUUCGACGCAAGCAAUCGCGGGAGUUGCGCAUGGAUCCAUGGGACCGCAUACGCCACCGCCAAACUCUCCGCACGGUAUGACCAUGCAGACUGCGUCUCAGCACUCACAGAUUCAACCGCAACCGAUUCAACAGCCGCUCCAGGUACUGCAACAUCAGUAUCAACAGCAGCUUCAACAUCAGCAGCAGCAGCAGCAGCAGCAACAGCAACAGCAGCAGUUACAGCACCACCAUCAAAAACAACUCUCCCAAUCGUCUCAUCAUUCGUCCGCAUCCAACGGACCUUCCAACCCAUCAGUCAGCCAUACACCUUCCCUCAGCAAUGCCAGCAGCAAUGUCGGUCCAAAGCAGUCGGACUCGAUCAUGCAGCUGCAAACGAAUGGCGCUGGGCUGCAUCAGCAGCAAUCCUCGCCACCGACGCAAACGAUCGGCAUCCCGCUAUCGCCGACGGAAACGGAAGCGACCUCCUCCGAGCACGAGUACUACAACGAUCUGCAGCGCGAGCUGAUCCCGUUGCAUCGCAAUGAAACGACUGUCUAAUCGUAUCCCACCGUGAAGGAAACGGGUGGGGGUACGUCAACACUAGCUUGCCACCGGACUGAGCAACUCCCUAUCCCCGUUUAGCCGUACAACGAACCGAAGUUGGGUGAUUUGUUUUAUUUUGUGUAAAGUUUAUAGGAUUUUGUUUUAGCAAGUAGCGAUUUAGUGACCGCAUGUGCCUUUCGGUAGCAGAUAAAAAAGUCCAAGGAUGGUAUCCUGGACCGAUACAGGAGCGCAUUUAGGGGAAGAAUGGUUUGAUUGUACAUAGACGAGAUACGGACAAAUAUCAUACAUAGCUAUUAGGGUGUGUAAGCAUUUAAAGCACCUCGUUGGAACUAGUGCCUAAGCCUGCUAGCUACUUAAGCCCGCCGGGCAAACAGACAACCGUAUUACAUUUAAGCCCCUAUACGAACGUAGUACAACAACAAGUGCAGCAAUUUAGCGGAGCGUACGGUCCUGCAAUGGUCCAACUUGACUUCAGUCGUUGGUACCGGCUGAAGAGGAAAAUCAAACAAACAGUCAAAAAGAUGUGCUCACAAUUUCCGUUACGCGACAUUUGCUGCCAUUUCUGUGUGUUAUCGAGCCGAAGCAAACUCGAACGCGUGUGCAACAGACGCUAGAGCUAGUGCGAGAUCAUCCGUGCCUCGAGGAAAGCCCGACGAGAGAGCGAACGAUAGAGAUGAUUUUAUUUCAUUGGAAUACCUGUGAUACUACUUUUAAAUUUCGUACUUUUACAACGCAUGUGUGUGUGUUUUAUUAAACGUAAUCGCUCGCGGGUUUUGUUGAGAUCCACGGGGAGUGAACGAACCACGGUUCGAUAUGCACACGGGCACCCUGAUCGGCAGUAGCGCGCUACAAACCAUCAUGUUAAAGUAAGCUGUAACGAACGCAAUGAAUAGAUUUCCAGUAGCGUAACCCAUCAUGAUACGAAUGUCGCAUGGUUUUUGGAAGGAAGCUAACACAUAACACACUUAUCUUACCUGGCACAUGCUGCUGUCCCAUCCAAUGUCCCACCCGCAUAUGCUUGCCUACGAAUGCUACUUAAACAAACGUUCCCAUGGAAGCGGCACUGAAAGGCGAUGAUUCUAUCAUAAGAAUCGCGACUACCAGCAGCUCCUACGUCUACGUUCGUCUUUAGUGUACUUUUAAACGUUGUUUUACUUCGAGGCUAGAUAAGGUCUCUGUCCUGUGUACUCCUCAUUUGCAAACACUACGAUAACAAAACAUUCGGCUGCGUACUAUUAGAUUAUUAUUCUUAAUCGUAUCCAGGACUGUACAUACUAUACUGCAUCCAAUCCUUUCAUAACGACUGCAAUGGAAUUCGAUCGAAUAAACAAAUUUAACCGUAUGUAUAUCCUUUAGGAAGCAAUAUAUUGUACAGCUAAAGCUAAGGAACCUAGGGCCUAGUGGCGAGUGUUAGGGAGAUUGACGUAAUGAAUAGGGGUUAGGAGCGGGCAGGAGCCGGCGCUCAGUAAGGAGUGAAGGGGUUUAAUUGUAAAGUGCAAAACAAACAUGUCGAAUGCCAAGCGAACGCGGAAACAUUGCCACCAGCCUGCAGUAGGGUUCGCAUGUCGUGUCCGGAAGGAAUGUAGUCCAGCACGAGCCAAGAUUCACCGCAAACACUGAGCAAACUGAACAACGAAAGCAAUUCUAAAAAGAACACAGAUACACACAACGAGGGCAACAUUUUAAUGCUCAGCCAAUACAGAUUUUCCAGUUUUACGAGAUCCUCUCUCCUUUAAAACGUAUCAACGAAAGACGCGUAUACUAUUACGAAAUCGUGCCAUUUGUACUGUCUUCGUUUACACGUUUGCUGGCUGUUAGUGAUAUAAGAUGCUUCCCGGUGUUUUGCGGAUAUGAAUGUGAACUAGCUCGUGGAGUAACAGUGCGGGACACGGCGAGCCAUGUGCUCCCAGCUGCUUGGUGUGAUUUUGUUUGAAG